UAUCCAAAUAUCAGUCUCCUUCCUUCCUUUCACCUUCUUCUUUGUUCCCUUUACUAUUUCUUUUUUUAUUUGCUAAUUCUCUCUCUUUUAAUUUCUCACUGAACUCCAUUGAAACUAGCUCAAGAAGACCAUCGGAACUCAGAUCUUGCAUCAUAAACCCUAGAAUUCAACACACAAUUAUAGCCGUUUGAUCUGAUCAGCUGGAUUGAUCUUCGGCUAAAAGUGAUGGUCUGGAAUGGCAAUCUGUUUUAUUGAUUGUUGGAUUGUGAAGCUGUAGUUACUGCAAAUCUUUGCGGCCAACAUGAAUAUUGUGAAAGGUGUGGCCGACCUUAUUCGUCGUACAUCUAGUGGCCAAACUGGGGAUUCAGGGGCACAAGGGGAGAGGUUGUCUCCUCCUACUCCAAGGAUUCGCUUCAGUGAAGUAGAUGAUGAGGCAGUUUUGAGUUCAUUGUGGGAGAGAUAUGAGAACACUGUUGAUAAGGUGGAAAAGAAAAGGUUGUUUCAUGUUUUCCUAAAGCAGUUUCUGACAGUAUUCAAGAACUGGGAGCCUGUUAAUGGUGGCCAGCUGCCAGAAGCUGCUUCAACUACUGUUCCACUUUCCGGGUAUUCCACAGGAGUUAAUGAUGUUGUUUUUGGCUGCUCUGCUGGGCAUCCCGCUGAAAUCAUUUUGACUUUGAUUGAAGAGAUUGGGAAAUUAACCACUGUGGUCUCCGAUUUAAAUACUGGCGUGGGACGCACAGGAAACGAUUUUCCAGCAGUUUCCAUAAGCUUCACUUCUGAAGGAUUACCUGUUUUGGAUGCUUUAAAAAUUAUUACCCGUUCGUUGCAUAAUUGCAGAGUUUUUGGUUACUAUGGUGGAAUUCAGAAACUUACGGCAUUAAUGAAAGGGGCAGUUAUCCAACUCAAAACAGUGGUUGGUGCACUUUCGGCUGAUGAAAGUUUUUCCAAUUUAAUAGAAGAGAAAACGGGGUUCUUACAGAGAGUACUUGUAUAUGUGGUUUCAAUCAUAUAUUGCUUUAUUGAUUUGAAUUCAAAUGUAUAUGAGAAAGCUCAGAUGUAUAGUAUUACUGAAGAUUUUUCUGAAAUUGGUUCUUCAUCUUCAAGUGACCCCUCUAAUAGUUUAAAAGAUUCUCUUUCUGAAAGAAGGCUACAAUGGCAUCGGAAGGCUGUUGUCUCAGUAAUGGAAGCUGGUGGCCUUAACUGGUUAGUAGAGUUGUUGCGUGUUAUCAGGAGGUUGAGUAUCAAAGAACAGUGGACAGAUAUGUCACUUCAGUUCUUGACUUUGAGAACCCUUUCUUUUGCAUUAUGUGAUAAUCCACGUGGUCAAAAUCACUUCAAAAGUAUUGGGGGGCUUGAAGUUCUGUUGGAUGGACUUUCACUUCCAUCAAUUAAUAUGCUACUCUUAAAGAGUGCUUCACAUGAUAGGCAAAGAGAGCAAUAUACCUUGCUGAAAAUUUUUGAGCUCCAUAUUCUUUCUUUGGAAGUUCUUCGGGAAGCUGUCUUUGGGAAUGUGAAUAAUCUGCAGUUUCUAUGUGAGAAUGGAAGAGUUCAUAAAUUUGCAAAUAGCUUUUGUUCACCUGCUUUUUUGUUUCAAGAGUACAAACAGCAGAUGAAGGAUUCAGUUCUGCAGGAAGGUAGUGGAACAUCCAUUUUUGACUUAAAAAAUGACAAUGCUCAAAGUUUUUUGGUGGAUUCUUCUGCUCCUUUACCUAAUAAAGUCCCUUAUCAUCGGAUCUGGAAUGAUUGCGUUGUCAAGUUGAGCAGAGUACUUUGCUCAUUCCUUCUUGCUCCAGAAGAUGUUAACUUCCAUCAUGGCCAAGCAACUCCUGGUCGGAUUCCUGCGUCAAUUUCAUCAGUUUAUAUUGAACUUUCUAUUAAAUGGGUCAUGAGGGUUCUUCUUCAAGUUUUCCCAUGGAUUAGGGCUUGUUUCAAUCAAACAGAAUUUCCGAACCAUUUAUGGGUCUUUGUUAGUACCUUGCAGCAUUCUGUUCUCAAUGCAUUCAGGAAGGUUCUGAUUUCAUCAGCUGUGUUGCUUGAGGUGUUUCGCAAGGAGGGAAUAUGGGACCUUAUCUUCUCUGAGAACGUUUUCUAUUUUGGAUCAGCUGCAGAGGAAUUUUCUGAAGAGUUUACUUCAUACCCUGAAGGCUCUCCAAAAAAGCUUGAAAAAUGUUCUGAUGCUAGGAGCAAUGCUGGGAUUCAGAUUAUUCAGAUAGAAGCAAUUUCAUUUGUGGAGUUAGCUGCAACUUCUAAUGGGAGUGUCCAUAACUUGCCUGAAGUGUCUGCUUUACUAGAAGCUCUUGAACAAUCUGCUUGUAAUCCUGAGACUGAUACUGUUGUUGCAAAGAGUUUGCUUCGAAUAUUACAGCUUUCAUCCGAGAAAUCUAUUGCUUCCUUUAAGACACUAAAUGCAGUUUCCAGAGUUCUUAAAGUUGCUUGCUUUCUAGCCAAUGAAUCUAAGAGGUUGGAUACGGGCGCUGUGAUUGAUAAUGAUUAUUUUGAAGGGGUUCUAGCUCAUGGCCACCAGAUUCUUGAUUCUAGUGGAACUUCACAAAGCUGGAUUCAGUGCAUGGAAACAUGCAUGGAACUCUUUGUUGAAUUUUUCUCGGUAGCAGAUGAUGCUAGAACUUUGAUUUUGCAUGAUUCUACCUGCAUUGAUUGUUUGUUUGAAUUGUUUUGGGAAGAAAGUUUGAGAAACAAAGUUUUCAGAUACAUUCUUGAUAUCAUGAAGAUUGCAUCACUACUUGAAGAAGAUCGAAAAGCAGUGUCAUAUGUAUGUUCAAAAUACUUAGAAACCUUCACCGUUGUAAAGGAGCGUGAAAAAUGCUUUGCUGAGCUGUAUAUUAAGUUGUUGGGUGGAAUGAUAGAUAUACUCCAGACUGAUCCAGUGCAUUACCAGGGUUUAUUUCGAGAUGGAGAAUGCUUUUUGCAUGUUGUCUCUUUACUAAAUGGCAAUCUUGAUGAAGAAAACGAUGAGAGGUUGGUUUUGGUUGUUUUACAAACUCUUACCUGCCUCCUUGCAAAGAAUGAUGCUUCAAAGGCAGUAUUUAGAGCUCUUGUCGGCAGGGGUUAUCAGACAUUGCAAAGUUUGUUGUUAGAUUUCUGUCAAUGGCAUCCAAGUGAAGCACUUUUAAAUGCACUUCUUGAUAUGCUUGUUGAUGGAAAGUUUGAAAUAAGUGGGAGCCCUCUUAUAAAGAAUGAAGAUGUGGUUAUACUGUAUUUGAGUGUUCUUCAGAAGAGCAGUGAGUCUUUGAGGCAUUAUGGUCUCAGUGUGUUUCAGCAGCUGCUUAAGGAUUCCCUUUCCAAUCGAGCUUCAUGUGUUGCAGCAGGAAUGCUUAAUUUUCUUCUUGAUUGGUUUGUCCAAGAAGGUGAUGACAGUGUCAUUUUGAAAAUUGCACAACUGAUUCAGGUUAUUGGUGGCCAUAGCAUAUCCGGGAAGGAUAUUCGCAAAAUCUUUGCUCUCCUCCGAAGUGAGAGAGUGGGGACUCAACAGCAGUACUGCUCACUAUUAUUGACCAGUGUUUUGUCAAUGCUAAAUGAGAAGGGACCGACUGCCUUCUUUGAUCUCAAUGGGGAUGAUUCUGGUAUCCUGAUUAAAACACCCGUGCAAUGGCCUCUCAACAAGGGUUUCUCUUUUUCAUGUUGGCUUCGGGUGGAGGAUUUCCCCAGGAAUGGAACAAUGGGCCUCUUCAAAUUUCUGUCUGAAAAUGGAAGAGGAUGCGUGGCAACAGUAGCUGAAGAUAAGCUUAUUUAUAAGUCCAUCAAUAUGAAACAACAAUGUCUUCAGAUGCAUGUUAAUCUAGUCAGGAAGAAAUGGCACUUUCUUUGUAUUACUCAUACCAUUGGAAGAGCCUUUUCUGGGGGUAGCCUGUUGAGAUGUUAUCUUGACGGUGAUCUCGUAUCCUCUGAAAGAUGCAGUUAUGCAAAAGUCAGUGAGUUAUUGACUAGCUGCUCUAUUGGUACAAAAAUUGUCUUGCCUCCAAAUGAAGAUAAUCAUGUGGAAACCAUUCAGGGUUCGUUUCCUUUUCUUGGGCAGAUUGGUCCACUUUAUUUGUUUGGGGAUGCCAUUUCUUCUGAGCAAAUCAAGGCUAUACAUUCCCUUGGACCAAGUUAUAUGUACUCAUUCCUAGAUAGUGAAACUACUGCAUUUGGUGAUAACCGUAUGCCUAGUGGUAUUCUGGGCACAAAAGAUGGCCUCGCAUCAAAAAUUGUUUUCGGACUCAAUGCACAGGCAAGUAAUGGCAAGAUGUUGUUUAAUGUCUCACCUGUAUUGGAUUCAGUAUCAGAUAAGACUCUAUUUGAAGCUACUAUAAUGGUUGGUACACAGUUGUGCUCUAGACGCUUGCUCCAAGAGAUAAUUUACUGUGUUGGAGGCAUAUCUGUGUUUUUCCCUCUUAUCACUCAGUCUGAUAGACACCAAAAUCAUGAAAGUGGAGUUUUAGAAAGCAGACUGCUCUUUCCAGUUGCCAAAGAACGUCUGACCGCUGAAGUUAUAGAUCUUAUUACUUCUGUCUUAGAUGAGAAUUUAGCAAAUCAGCAACAAAUGCAUCUUCUUUCUGGAUUUUCAGUACUGGGAUUCUUAUUGCAAUCAGUCCCACCUCAGCAACUCAAUAUUGAAACACUCUCUGCAUUGAAGAAAUUGUUCAAUGUUGUAUCAUCAUCCUUUGGAUUGGCAGAGCUGCUAAUGAAAGAAGCCAUAUCUUCCAUUUUUUUUGAUCCCCAUAUCUGGCUGUACACAACUUACACAGUGCAGCGUGAGCUGUACAUGUUUGUCAUUGAACAAUUUGACAAUAAUCCAAAGCUGCUUCUAAGUUUAUGCCAGCUUCCACGUGUUAUUGACAUAAUACGACAAUGUUAUUGGGAUAGCGUGAAAUCUCGGUUUUCUAUUGGAGGUCAACCACUUUUACAUCCUAUUACUAAACAAGUGAUUGGAAAAAGACCUGGUAGAGAUGAAAUACACAAAAUUCGCCUUCUUCUGUUAAGUCUUGGCGAAAUGAGCCUCAGGCAAAACAUUGCUUCAACAGAUAUAAAAGCUCUUGUAUCAUUCUUUGAAACAAGCCAUGAUAUGACAUGCAUUGAGGAUGUUUUGCACAUGGUUAUCCGUGCUGUUUCUCAUAAACCAUUGCUUCUAUCCUUCAUCGAACAAGUGAAUCUAUUAGGUGGCUGUCACAUUUUUGUCAAUCUCCUAAAGAGGGAACACGAGCCUAUCAGAUUGCUUAGCUUGCAGUUUCUAGGAAGACUUUUGGUUGGUUUACCAUCAGAGAAAAAGGGGCCAAGCUUUUUCAAUCUUGCUGUUGGAAGAUCAAGAUCUUUUUCAGAAAACAACAAGAAAGUCAGCUCCAGGGUGCAACUUCUUUUCUCAGCUAUAUCUGAUAGGUUGUUCAACUUUCCACAAACGGAUAGUUUGUGUGCCACCUUGUUUGAUGUUCUUCUAGGUGGUGCCAGCCCCAGACAGGUGUUACAGAAAAAUAACCUUGUUGACAAGCAGAAGAGCAGAGGGAAUAAUUCUCACUUUGUCGUUCCUCAGAUUUUGCUUUUGAUUUUUAAAUACCUAUCCAGCUGUGGAGAUGCAUCUGCAAGAAUGAAAAUAAUUAGUGAUCUACUUGACCUUCUUGAUUCAAAUCCUCUGAACAUAGAAGCGUUGGUGGAAUAUGGUUGGAAUGCUUGGUUAACUGCUUCUGUGAAACUUGACGUGGUUAAAAACUAUAUGUCUGAUUCAAGAUAUCAAGGUGACUAUGAUAUAAAUGAGAAAAAUCUUGUGAUGACGGUUUUUUCAGUUGUUCUUUGUCACUAUAUACAAUUUACAAAAGGUGGCUGGCAACAAUUAGAUGAGACUCUGAAUUUUCUACUUCUGCACUGUGAGCAAGAGGGGAUAUCAUUCCGAUACAUGCUUUGUGACAUUUAUGACAACUUGAUUAAAAGGCUGGUAGAUUUAUCUGCUGAGGAGAAUAUUUUCAGUUCACAGCCUUGUCGGGACAAUACAUUAUAUCUUCUGCAACUUGUUGAUGAGAUGCUUAUCUCUGCAGUUGGCAAUAAACUUCCGUUUCCGGCUAAUAGCUCUGAGUCUUAUCUGGAUUCUUUGGAGUUUGAUAGCAAGAAAGAUUAUAACACUUUGUUGCAUGAGGUCUUGCGGGGAGAAUUUGAUGAUAAAGUAUCUGGAAAUCUGGAAGCGGACAGACACUCAGUGACAAGUGAAGAUGACCUACCUGGUGUUAAUUGGUGGAACUUAUUUGACAAUUUAUGGGUUGUUAUUAGUGAGAUGAACGGAGUGGGUCCAAGCAAGAGGGGGCUCAGAAAUUCAGCAUCUGUUGGUCCUUCUUUAGGCCAAAGAGCUCGUGGCUUGGUAGAAUCUCUUAAUAUUCCUGCUGCAGAAAUGGCUGCUGUUGUCUCUGUAGGCAUUGGCAAUGCAUUGAGUGGAAAACCAAAUAAAACCGUUGAUAAAGCCAUGGCUUUAAGGGGUGAAAGGUGUCCAAGAAUUGUCUUUCGGCUUUUAAUCCUAUAUCUCUGCAGAUCAUCUCUGGAAAGAGCCUUGCACUGUGUUCAACAAUUCAUCGCACUUUUGCCUUGCUUUUGUGCCACUGAUGAUGAGCAAAGCAAGAGUCGAUUGCAGCUCUUCAUCUGGUCUCUUCUCAUUGUACGAUCCCAGUAUGGAAUGUUAGAUAAUGGUGCUCGUUUCCAUAUAAUAGCACAUGUAAUUCAAGAAACUGUAAACUCCGGAAAGUCAAUCCUUGCUACUAGCAUGGUUGGCAGGGAUGACUCAUUCGAUUCAAGCACCUACUCAAAGGAAACAGGCUCCAUUCACAAUCUAAUUCAGAAGGACCGAGUGGCUUCUGCGGUUUUUGAUGAGUGUAAGUAUGUAACUAUGUUGGAAUCCGACCGUAGCAGACAGUUGCAGGACCUUCGUGCUAAGAUGAGUGAAAUUUCCUCUUUAGAAAUUCAUAACCAGAAGGCAUUUGAAGACGAGAUACAAAGUAGUUUACAUACUAUUCUUGCGUCAGAUGAUAGGAGAAGGGCUGCGUUCCUGCUUGCCCAUGAGGAGCACCAGCAAAAUGUUAAUGAAAAAUGGAUGCACAUGUUACGCACUUUAAUUGAUGAAAGGGGUCCUUGGUCUGCUAAUCCAUUUCCAAAUAUAUCUGUGAUACACUGGAAACUUGACAAGACAGAAGAUUCAUGGCGGCGCAGACUGAAGUUAAGACGGAAUUAUCAUUUUGAUAAAAAGAUAUGUUUUCCUCCUUCUGCUUCUCCUUCUAAUGAGGCUUCUCUCACCAGUAGUGAGAGCAAAUCUAGUUUUGUUGGGCACAUUCCUGAGCAAAUGAAGCAGUUUCUGCUCAAAAGUGCCUGCAGGAUAACUGAUGAGGGGAGCUCAGAACCUGUUGAGAGCAGUACUGAACCAAGCGGAGAGUCAGAUAUUCCUGAGGAUCCUUCAGACUGUCACAGUGUGGAAGCUGUUAAAAGCAUCAGUGAUAAGAUGGAUAUUGUUCAAGAUAGAAAAGAUAUUUUGGAACCUUCACCUGAAACAGAAACUAGUGAGGUUGUUAUGUCACUUCCAUGUGUGCUUGUGACACCAAAAAGAAAGUUGGCAGGUCAAUUGGCCGUCAUGAAAGAUGUCUUGCGUUUCUUUGGUGAAUUUUUAGUUGAAGGUACCGUAGGGUCUUCAGUUUUCAAGAACUUAAAUGCAUCAGGCAAUUUUGAGAGGGGUGAUCUAAAGAUUUCUGAGAAGGGGACUUCUGACAAUGUAGAGGCAGAAAAUUUGCAUAAAGAACAAUUAAAAAAUGUAAAGCGUCAUAGGAGAUGGAGUAUUGGAAAGAUUAAAGCUGUUCUUUGGACUCGGUAUUUGCUUAGAUACACUGCUAUCGAGAUUUUCUUCAGUGAUUCAAUUGCUCCCGUAUUUAUGAACUUCUCAUCACAGAAAGAUGCGAAGCAGAUUGGAACCCUGAUAGUUUCUACCAGAAAUGAGCUGUUGUUUCAAAGAGGAAGCAAUAGGGACAGGAAUGACCUUAUUUCAUUUGUCGAUAGACGUGUGGCACUGGAAAUGGCAGAAACUGCUAGGGAGAGAUGGAGGAGAAGAGAUAUAACGAACUUUGAGUAUUUGAUGAUUCUCAACACACUUGCUGGAAGAUCCUAUAAUGAUUUGACUCAGUAUCCUGUUUUUCCUUGGGUUUUGGCUGAUUACUCAUCUGAGUUUCUUGAUUUUAACAAGUCAUCAACUUUUAGGGAUCUCUCCAAGCCUGUUGGAGCACUGGACUCUAAACGGUUUGAGGUGUUUGAAGAUAGGUAUAGGAACUUCUGUGAUCCUGAUAUACCUAGUUUCUAUUAUGGCUCUCAUUACUCAAGCAUGGGGAUUGUGCUUUAUUACCUCCUUCGGUUAGAACCUUUUACGUCUCUCCACCGUAAUUUACAGGGCGGUAAAUUUGAUCAUGCAGAUCGUCUUUUUCAAAGCAUUGAAAGUACAUAUAGUAAUUGCCUCUCUAAUACAAGUGAUGUGAAGGAGUUGGUUCCUGAGUUCUAUUACAUGCCCGAGUUUCUUAUCAAUUCAAACUCUUAUCAUCUUGGGGUGAAACAAGAUGGUGAACCUAUAAAUGAUGUUUCUCUCCCUCCCUGGGCUAAGGGUUCGCCUGAAUUAUUCAUUUGUAAAAAUAGGGAGGCCCUUGAAAGCGAGUAUGUUAGCUCAAAUCUCCAUCACUGGAUUGAUUUGGUGUUUGGUUACAAGCAGCGUGGAAAACCAGCAGUGGAGGCUGGAAAUGUCUUCUAUUAUUUAACUUAUGAAGGUGCUGUUGAUCUGGACUCUCUGGAUGAUGAGCUGCAGAGAUCAGCAAUUGUAGAUCAAAUUGCAAAUUUUGGUCAGACACCAAUACAGAUUUUCCGUAAAAGACACCCUAGAAGAGGGCCGCCAAUUCCUAUUGCUCAUCCUUUGUAUUUUGCACCCGCUUCUAUCAGUUUGACAUCUGUUGUUUCUUGUAUAACUUAUCCACCAUCAGCUGUUAUGUUUGUUGGAUUGCUGGACUCGAACAUCGUCAUUGUGAACCAGGGUCUCACCUUAUCUGUUAAGAUGUGGUUGACAACCCAACUUCAUUCUGGUGGAAAUUUUACCUUCUCAGGUUCUCAGGAUCCUUUCUUUGGAGUUGGUUCUGAUAUUAUUUCCCCUCGUAAAAUUGCGAGCCCUCUGGCAGAAAAUGUUGAAUUUGGAGCACAAUGCUUUGCCACAAUGCAAACACUCACUGAGAAUUUUCUAAUCUCAUGUGGCAAUUGGGAAAACAGCUUUCAAGUCAUAUCUUUGAGUGAUGGAAGAAUGGUUCAGAGCGUUCGACAUCACAAAGAUGUUGUCAGCUGUGUUGCAGUUACAGCUGAUGGAAGCAUUCUUGCUACUGGAAGUCAUGAUACUACAGUCAUGGUGUGGGUACGUGUCAGAGUCCCAGAAAAGAGAGUUCGGAAUUUGCAGACUGAGUCUAUCAUUGCUGAAACCCCCUUCCAUAUUCUCUGUGGUCAUGAUGACAUCAUUACAUGCCUGUAUGUCAGUGUGGAACUUGACGUAGUUAUUAGUGGGUCAAAAGAUGGAACUUGUGUUUUCCAUACCUUGAGAGAAGGAAGAUAUGUCCGAUCUUUACUACAUCCAUCUCGAAGUGCAUUGUCAAAACUUGUAGCUUCUCGGCACGGACAGAUUGUACUUUAUUCCGACGGUGAUCUGAGUUUAAACCUCUACUCUAUUAAUGGAAAACAUCUUGCCUCUUCAGAAUCCAAUGGUCGCCUUAACUGUGUUGAACUCAGUGCGUGCGGUGAGUUUUUGGUUUGCGCUGGUGACCAAGGACAAAUUGUUGUUCGCUCUAUGAACACACUUGAUGUUGUUCAAAGAUAUAACGGGGUAGGGAAGAUAAUAACAUCCCUAAUUGUAACUCCAGAAGAAUGUUUCUUGGCCGGGACAAAAGAUGGAAGUCUUCUUGUGUAUUCUAUAGAAAACCCUCAAGUACGCAAAGGUAGUGUCUCCUUGAAUCAGAAAACCAGUGUUUCUUUUACAGGCUAAACUACGACUCAGGGUUGGAGUGACUGGCUUGACAAUUACGGUUUGAUUGGUGACACUGAUCUCAGGUAUUCUGCUCUCUUGUAAGAUUUUUAGCGCAUGGAGAUGAAGAUUGCAGAUUAUUUCUUUUCGUCGGCAUCAUCCGAGUCCAAGUGUUAUAUUACUAUCCAACAAACAGGAUUCUUAUCCAUUUUGUAACCGUAAGAAAUGGGGAGGUAUGAUAUGCAAACUUUUUAGAAAUUCAAUUUUCUUUGAGUUUACAAGGAACUGGAACAGAAUGUGUACAAUAUUUUACCGAUAUAGGUUAGAUUUCAAUUCUUUUGUAUUA